CGGGCGGGGAGCGGGUCAGUGGCGGCGUGAUGGCUGAGUGUGCGAGGGAGAGAGAGCCGUGAUGGAGGGAACACAAUAACCGUGUCCGUGGGGCACUUGGACAGUGCAAGUGUUUCCUGCUUUCCCUUGUAACAGAGCCCUGGAAAGGAAGAGCCCAAAGUUUCCCUCUGACAGUAUGGAAUGCUAGCUUGGAGCUCAUCUGACACACCUGAGGAGGAACCUGUGACAUUCCAGGUUUAGAUGUCUCAAUGGAUAUGUGGAGCUACUUCCAUACUUGCCUGGUGUCCAUAUGGCUGCACAGAUUGUACAUCUAUUCUGCUGUGGCACUUGGGAUCAGCCUUUGGAUUGUCAUUCACUUCACCACCACCAGAACCAAAAAGAAGCCCUUGGAGAAGGGUGAGCAAUCCCAUGGGAGUCCCUCUGCCCCUGAGGGAACAUCAGACAAGCUGGGGAAUGGAUGUGCCCCCCGUCAGGCACAGAGGAUCCAUGUUGCUGGAGUGAAGAUCUUCUAUGGCUCUCAGACUGGCACAGCAAAGAGAUUUGCCAAAGCUCUGGCUGAAGCUGUUUUUUCCCUUAAUUUGCCUGUGGAAGUCAUUAACAUGGAAGACUAUGAUCCAGAAGAUGGUUUAGUGGAGGAGACAAGCAGCAGGAACAUCUGUGUGUUCCUGGUGGCCACCUACACCGAGGGGCAGCCCCCAGAGAGCGCAGUGUGGUUCUGCAAGUGGCUGGAAGAGGCAGCCAAUGAUUUCCGUGUUGGGAAGAGCUUCCUGCAGGGCCUGAGAUACGCCGUGUUCGGGCUGGGCAACUCGGCCUACGUGGAUCACUUCAACACAGUUGCCAGGAGGAUGGACAGGUGGCUGUGGAUGCUCAGUGCCAGCAGGAUCAUGGCUCGGGCUGAGGGGGACUGCAAUGUGGCCCAGAGCAAGCACGGCAGCAUUGAGGCUGACUUUGAGGCCUGGAAGGACAAAUUCCUCACUCGGCUCAGGGCACUCUGCAGGGGGGAGAAGAAGCCCUGCAGGGGGAAAUGCAAGAAGGGGAAGUGCAAAACUCCAGGGAAGCAGAGCAAGGAGAGCUCGGACCGUGAACGUGGGACGUCAGAGCAGGACGAUACUGAGGGAGAAGAAUUGUUUGAAACUGGUAGUGAGGAGGAAGCUGGAGACACAAAUUCUGUCAUUGAUGUUGAAGAUCUUGGCAAUAUCAUGGGCCACAUGAAGAAAGCAAAGAGAGAGCAGGAGCUGCAGGAGGGAGCUGCUGGAGCUGAGAGGAGAGAGAUGAUCACCCCAGCCCUGAGGAAGGCUCUCACUAAACAAGGCUAUAAACUCAUUGGGAGCCAUUCUGGGGUGAAGCUGUGCCGUUGGACAAAGGCCAUGCUGCGGGGCCGCGGGGGCUGCUACAAGCACACCUUCUAUGGCAUCGAGAGCCACCGCUGCAUGGAGGCCACCCCCAGCCUGGCCUGUGCCAACAAAUGUGUCUUCUGCUGGAGGCACCACACGAACCCCGUGGGCACCGAGUGGCGCUGGAGCAUGGACCAGCCCGAGCAGAUCCUGCACGAGGCCCUCGAGAAGCACCAGAACAUGAUCAGGCAGUUCAAAGGUGUGUCAGGAGUGAAGGCAGCCCGGCUGGAGGAAGCUCUGGCAGUGAAGCACUGUGCCCUGUCCCUGGUGGGGGAGCCCAUCAUGUACCCCCACAUCAACCAGCUGGUGAGGCUCCUGCACCAGCAGGGCAUCUCCACCUUCCUGGUCACCAACGCCCAGUUCCCUGAGGAGAUCAGGAAGCUGGAGCCUGUGACCCAGCUCUAUGUCAGUGUGGAUGCCAGCACCAAGGAGAGCCUGAAGAGGAUUGACAGACCCCUCUUCAAGGACUUCUGGGAGAGGUUUCUGGACAGCCUGAAGGCCUUAGCUGAAAAGCAACAACGCACUGUGUACAGGCUGACCCUGGUGAAAGCUUGGAACGUGGAUGAACUCAAAGCUUAUGCUGACCUGAUAUCCCUUGGGAAACCAGACUUCAUUGAGGUCAAGGGUGUGACCUACUGUGGGGAGAGCUCAGCCAGCAGCCUGACCAUGGCCAACGUGCCGUGGCACGAGGAGGUGCUGAGCUUCGUGCAGGAGCUGGCGCGGCUGCUCCCGGACUACGGCAUCGCCUGCGAGCACGAGCACUCCAACUGCCUGCUGCUGGCCCACUGCAAGUUCCAGGUGGAUGGCGAGUGGAGGACCUGGAUUGACUACGGCCGCUUCCAGGAGCUGGUGCGGGAGCGCGAGCGCAGCGGCGGCACCAGGACCUUCACAGCAGCCGAGUACACGGCCAGGACUCCUCCCUGGGCCCUCUUUGGGGCCAAGGAGCGGGGAUUCGACCCCCUGGAUGUCAGAUUCCAGAGGAAGAAUAAGGCACGGGACGCCUCGGGGUGCUGAGGCUGGGCUCCCUCACCCUGGCCUUCCCAGGACUCCAUUUCGGGCUGACACCAUCUUGGAUCCACCCACAUGGAUUAUCCUGGUGUUUGGGAAGGGUCCAGCCUGGAUUUAACCCUUCCCUCCUGUUUUUAGGGCUUCCUGGAUGAAAUAUUGAUAAUGUUCUUCUCUCGAGAUCAAUCAGAACUGGUUCAGCUGCAGUGGGGGGGCAGUGCUGGGAUCUCCUCAGUGGGGAAUGUUUGGAGUGGGAUGUGGGGCCAGAGGGGUCCUUGGGCUCCUCUGCAAGGAGAGCCUGGCACCAAAACAUUCCACAUCCCCAUGGAAAAAUGCCAGGGGAUUUCAGCCCCACAGGGUUGGAUCAGGGCCACAGCCAGACCUGGAUGCAAAAGCUGAUCCCUGCUGGGAGCAUCAUUUUAGGGAUUUGUUCAGGUUCAGUGUGUUUCACACACUGGUGCCAUUUCCUGUAAAAACCCCAUUCCCAAGGAGCCAAACCUUGGGAAUGGUGCACCAGCACCCCCAUGGACACCAUCUGCAGCUUCUGAUACCUCUCCAAGUGUCUUUGAACCUCAUGGCUUUGGGAAGGAGGUUUAGGAGCAGUGUUAUCCCACUCCCAGCAGCCCUAAACAGCAGCUCCAGUCCUCCAGAGCCCUGUGGGCUCCAGCUGGGUGUGCCCAGUGUGGCAGAUGGAGCAUCCCUGACCUGGAGAUUCCAUUGCUUUUUAAAGGCAGCCUCUUUUCUUAAGCUGUACAAAGAGUUUCUAAAGCAGAAGGAAAAUA